AUGGUUCAGUAUUCGAAGCAAGUGAAGAGUACCAGCAUAGCUCUUUUGAUCUUUUCUCUUUUGACAAUAUCUAUUGAUGCCGUACUUCUAGCGACUCAAAUCAUAAAUGACCUUUUACCGACUUUUGGCAUCGGCAUAUUUCUCGGUUUCUUCGGUAUUUUAGCUGGCAGUUACGGAAUAUGCGCGGCUAAAGCAACGAAGGCGGAGUUCUUCUUUGGAAAAUAUAACACUUCCGGAUGCUGGUCUGUCUUUGGUGCUAUCUUUACGUUCUUUGGUCUCUUCUGGCUUUCGUUUGCUUUCUCAUGUCAUGCGGUUUGUAUAGCUGAAUAUGGCUCUGAAGAUCCAAGUGGUUUCUAUAAGCUUUUAACUGGAAUUGUGGAAAUAGACGACGUUCAAAAUCUUCAUGAUUGGACUUUUGAUAAUACAACAAAGCCAGAUGAAGAUGAAGGAGGAGAAAUCCCUGGAACCAAGGCUUUUAUGAUGGGGGAAACAUUAACAACAGCGGCGCAGGAAGCAUCCUCUUAUGAACCAGAUGUUUCGACAUCAACGUCAACGACAACAAGUUCUGGUCAAACAGACUCAACAAGCUCAACUUCAACAACAGCCACCACCACCACCACAGAAGACGGAGAAAGAGACAAUAAUGGCGAAAUAGAAAGUCUGCUCGACACUUAUGCUAACAAAAGCUACGUGAUUGCUUACAUGUCUCUCUAUUUAUCUGAGCUUGUCCUUAUCUUCAUUCUCUUUAUUGUCUUCAUCAUCUUAGCAAAUUCCACUGGAUGCUGCUUUUGCGGAAGCGGGGUGGUUGACAUUGAAGAUGAGGAGAAGGGAGAUCAAGAUUCAAAUGCUUCCGAAUCUUCCGAUGAGGAAGACAGCUCUUCUGGCUCAGAUUCAAGCGAUGAUUCGUCUGAUGAAGGACUCGUUCAAUUUUGA